AUGUCACCAGCAGCCGUUCCUCAUAAACCGCGCGUAUUCUCGCUUUACCCUCUCGAACCAAGUGUCAUUGAAUAUGGAUCUCAAUUCUUCGACUUGACCGUUCCAGGUGAUCCUGAUUGGAAGAAUUGGAGAGAAGAAGCAGAAGCUGUAAUGGUUCGUUCAAAUGUGAUCGAUGCGGAUGAUGUUGCCAAGUUUGGUCCAGGACUCAAGUUUGUUGGUAAACAUGGAGUUGGGAUUGAUCAGCUCGCAGCUAAAGAGAUCAGAUCGAAGGGAGUUAUCAUCAUGAAUACUGCAGGUGUGAAUGCUACCGCAGUGGCUGAACUCGCUCUGGCUCUCACUAUGACACUCGCCCGUAACAUCCCCGCUAUCGACCGUAGGAUUCGUUCUGGUGCUACCGUCGACAAGAACGCCGAAGGUGCCGUUGGUAUCCAACUCACAGGUCGUACUUUCGGUAUCGUCGGUGGAGGUAACAUCGGUUAUACUCUCGGAAAAAUGCUUUAUGGUGCUUUCGGUGCUCAAAUUUAUCUAUACGAUCCCGUACUUUCACCUACCAUGGCUCAAAAAUGGGCAGACUUACUUCCUUCUUCUAAACUCAUCAGAGUUGAUAAUGUGGAUGAUAUGAUGCCUCACAUCGACGUACUUUCCCUUCAUGUCCCACUCAUUGAAAGUACUAGAGGGAUCAUUGGGGAGAAACAACUUAAAGCUAUGAAACCAACUGCUAUUGUCGUUAACACUGCUAGGGGUGGUGUGGUGGAUGAAGCUGCUUUGCUUAAGGCAUUGAAGGAGAAAUGGAUUUCAGCUGCUGGGAUUGACGCUUAUGCUAUCGAACCUCCUCAUGUGGAUAAUUAUUCAGAGUUGAUCGCACAAGAACGUGUUGUUUCUCUUCCUCACAUCGGUGCUGCUUCCCUCGACGUUAUUCGUAUCACCGCCAUCGCCGUGUUGGAUCAUCUCAAAGACGCUUUUGCAGGUAAUCCUCGUGAUAUCGUGACUGUUUAG